CGACAGUUCAGAAUCCACGGUCGGAACUCCUUGAAAUACCGCUUUUAUAUGCUCACCGGAACUUUAUAACUGGAUAAGGAGGACACGUACAGUUCAGUGUUCUCGUAAUUCAAUUAAUCUUGACGUCGUCUCAAAAUGGCUGAAUGGCAGUAAGAAAAAAUAGGACUAAACCUCACAGGUGUAACGGAUUUACAUCCUUAGCUUUUUAGGCAAUGCCACCUCUGCCCCACAGCGAACGCCUUCUUGGGAGGCUGAGGACGCAGCGCGAGAAGGGUUUCCUGUGUGACUGCACUGUCGCGAUUGGGCAGUCCAUGUUCCGAGCUCAUUGGAACGUUCUGGCUGCCUUCAGCGGAUACUUCAGCUCCCUGUGCGAUACUAGUGCAAUGGACAAGAUCAUCACCUCCCUGGAUCCCGAGUGUGUGAACGAGGGGGUGUUUGAGAAGUUGAUGGACUAUGUGUACUCGGGUUACCUUGAUGUUGACAGUUGCAACGUGACAGAGAUUUGCAAAGCUGCCACUUUCCUUGAGAUGGAGGAGGUGGUAGUGCAGUGCACACUGACACUGGAGGACAUUAAGCCUGUCUGCUCUGAGGCCAGCCCUAGCACCGCGCAGCCUGACCAAUCAGAGGCAGAGACCGUGUCCUCGCUGGGGGGCUUCCAGGGACCUUUGACCCUGGAGACAGACGACGCUCCAACGCUCUGUGUACGGGUUCCCGGCCAGGAAACAAACCGGGACCAGACAUUCUGGCACAAACCUUGCCACCGGGGGGAGACGGAGACGAAGGAGCGGAGGACCCGUGUCUGCCCCCUGCUGGUGGAGGCAUUCCACGCUCCUGGCAACCAGGUCACGGACGUACCAGUGUCCGUCUCCGUCGGACGCGUGGGGAACGAGAGAGGAGGCGCACAAAUGCGGUCCCGGUCUCCGUCGCUCGACCGCGGCAGAGGAGACCAUAGCCGCCGCCCCCCGCCGAGGCCGGCCGUGAAGAGGGAGAGGGAGAGGGAGAGGGCGAGGAAGAGCUGCGCCCUGAAAGAGAACCGCGGCUCCACCUUCCCGGGCGGGGACGAGGCUGGGGAGGGCGUGGCCGGGGCGGAGCUUCUUCUCGACGAGCAGCUGAAGGCCAAGCCGGUGUGCUACACCUGCGGGAAGGUGUUCUCCGAGGCCAGCAGCCUGCGCAGGCACAUGCGCAUCCACAGGGGCGUCAAGCCGUACGUCUGCCAGCUGUGCGACAAGGCCUUCACGCAGUGCAACCAGCUGAAGACCCACGUCCGCACGCACACCGGGGAGAAGCCGUACCAGUGCGACCUGUGCCAGAAGGGCUUCGCCCAGAAGUGCCAGCUGGUCUUCCACAGCCGGAUGCACCACGGGGAGGAGAAGCCCUACAAGUGCGACGUCUGCGGUCUGCAGUUCGCCACAUCCAGCAACCUCAAGAUUCACUCGAGGAAGCACAGCGGGGAGAAGCCCUACGUGUGUGACUCGUGUGGCCAGCGCUUCGCCCAGGCCAGCACGCUGACGUACCACGUGCGGCGACACACCGGCGAGAAGCCGUACGUCUGCGACACCUGCGGGAAGGCCUUCGCUGUCUCCAGCUCCCUCAUCACCCACUCCAGGAAACACACAGGAGAGAAGCCAUACGCGUGCCGGACGUGCGGGAAGUCAUUCACGUCCUGCGGAGAACUCAACAAACACCGGCGCUCGCACACCGGUGAGAAGCCUUUCAUCUGUGAACUGUGUGGGAACCGUUACACGGACGUGAAGAAUCUGAAGAAGCACAAAGCCAAAGUACACAAAGACUCACCCAGCCCAGAUCCUGGCCAGAAGCAGGGCGUGUCCCCCGAGGACCCCGUGUUCUGGAAGGCCGCCGCCUCGAGCCUGGUGGAGCUCAAGGCCUCGGAAGCCCCUCCCCCGCUCAGCAUCUCCGUCGACCACCAGACAAUGAUAGGCCCGCCCCCCACAGCAGACAGCAGCGGUGUAUCCAUCGAUCAGCUGCUGAGGACUGCCAUUGGCUACACGGAGCCGCAGUUCAUCUUCCUUCAACAGCUCAACUGAAAACCUGCCACCAUCCGGGUCAUUUCCACAGGCCACUUCCUUUGUCAAGCAUCCUCAAGCCGCACGUGUGGCAGAAAGAUGGUAAGGUCUUCAGCCAAUCAGCUUCCCAUCUGUCAUAUUCUUUCAAGGGUAGCCAGGGAGCAAGCUACCAUUCAAGCAUUCAUCAAUGCAUUCAACCAUUUUCAUAUUUGUCCUUGUAAUUAACGCAUGUCCAAGCUAUUUGUUUAAGUAUUUGUAUAUCUUAAUUGCAUAUCCUCUUUAAGACGGGCCAAGUGCAGUUUGUUCAGCAUAUUUUGAGCGCGAUGUCACAUAAACUGUCUACUCUGAUUGCUGAUCACACUCUCAGUCUUGAGUCUUUAACUUGAAAGGGUACGUUUUCAAUGACUGCCACAGGAAAUUACAGUGUAAUGCUGUAAAUUCAAUUUCUGUUAGUUAAAUUAAAAGGGUCUGUUCUAUGACAUGUUCUACAUUCUCACAGGUCAGAAAGUGUCUUGACAUGAUUUUGUCCCAUGGAAAUGGGGUCAAAUUAAACGAAAGUAUUUGGUUGCUGACUCCUUUGUUAUUGUUGUGAACCAGUAGUGGUUACUUCAUCUUGAUAGCAUCAGUGUUGUGCCAACAAUGUGAAGCCUCCACAGUUGCCUGUACAUGAGUCUCUCUUGUAUCGAUGUCUAGAAGAAUUCCCCUGCAGAAUUUGUGAACUACUGGCCCAGGACAUCUCAGUGCUGUGUUUGGUAUCUCAGGAUUAUGGUGUAAAUCAUGAACUGCCAUUCCCAUUUUCAAGGGCUUGAUCUCCUUCAAAAUGUUUUUUAAAAAAGCAUACAAAUGUGAUUUGAAAAUAAACAACGUGUUUCAUAAACGUAAUGCGGAAGCAGUAAGGUUCCCUUUAAUUGUUGUAUGUAUUGGGCCCAGUCGUGUGGUCAGGUGCCGCAUUGUACGGUCAUGUUGUGAGUGCGUUAAUGAUUUUUCACUGUGCAGAUGAAUGUUUAUUUUCAUUUUUCCCAUGAUCCAACACCAGUGCCAUGUUGAGUAGCAGUACCACUUUGGCUGUAUUUUACAUGGGAACCUGGCCUCCAUCUGCAUUUUGUUUUUGUUUUUUGGGGGGUUUCUUUUUUGGAAGUUAUUUCCUCAGGCCCACAUGCAGCCUUGGUCCUGAGGGAGCAGGUUUGAAAGAUCACAUGGGUCAAUAAUAAAGACAAAGACCGUGGAAGAUCUGAAAGGGGCAGAGGAGCGAUACAUUUUUUUCCCAGGAGUUUGUUUCCAAGUAUGUAUUGACUUUUUCCACAAAGUUCAAGUUAGGUUAAUUUGCUUUUAUAAGAGAAGUCUCUGGCUGUCCCGCCCUGCUAACCUUUGAAAGCCAUACAUAGAUUAACUCUUAUCAAGUUAAAAAUUAGCAUCCUUCCCCAUAUUAUUAUUAUUAUUAUGUGUGACUGCCCUCACUGAAAGUGCACAGCAGCUCUCUGGGAAAUUACAUAGAUCGUGCUGAGAGGCUGUGUUUCUUAAAUCAUAAUCAUAGAAAAAGACCAGGGCUUAUUUCGCUGAACAUUCCAAGUUUCCACCAACCGUUAAAUCUGAACUGCUUGUUUACAAAGACCAGUGUCUCCUGCUUGGCUGCUGCCAUUGCAUCACACAUCCUGCUUUCUGGUAACAGGCCUAUGCAAAAUGAAAGGUUUGUCGUUAUGUGUUGCAAUUGUAUCGUGCCAUGACUAUGGAAUUGCCACUGUCUGUGGAUAUCGUUGAGACAUGAAUUUCAAUUGUAACUGCAGUGUAUACAAUUGCCAUUAUCAGUGGCACAAUGAAAUAUGGUACUUUGUGAAGAUUUAUAAGAAAAAAACAAUAAAUAAUGUUAAAUACACAUCUA